UACCUGAAUAACGAGACGAGGUCUCACUACCUUCCUCCUCCGCGUCUGACCGGUCACGACCGAACAUGAGCCUCGACCCUCCCGCUGCACACACCGGAUGUUCACGCUGUGUAGUCAACACACUCACCUGGAUUUCCCGGGAGAUCGCUUCCACCGCAGAGCGGAGUUAGCUAACUGACGCCGCCCGGUCAACACAACUUCAUCCAAUGGAGGAGACUGGCGCUGGCACGAAUGGCGGUGAAGCCCUCUCUUCUUCCUCCUCUUCCUCCUGUGAUGUUCCCAGGGAGCCGAACUUGGAGCUGAAGAAGCUGCUGUUCUUCAAAGUGUACAAGAGGCGCUGGUUCGUGCUGCUGAUCCUGUGUCUGCUGAACUGCUCCAACGCCACGAUAUGGCUGACCUUUGCACCAGUAGCAGACCAGUCUGCCCAUUACCUGGGUGUCACCCUGGUGGGUAUCAACUGGUUGUCGCUGAUCUAUAUGGUGGUGGCCAUACCGCUAAGCCUCUGCACCACGUGGAUGCUGGACAUACUGGGGCUGCGGAUCACGAUGAUCCUGGGCGCCUGGCUGAACAUGUUCGGAGCCCUGCUGCGCUUCAUCGCUACGGUGGCAGGCAAACAGUCCUCGAGUCUCGUGUUCUCUCUGGUGAUGGUGGGUCAGACCCUCGGGGCCAUCGCCCAGCCCCUCAUCAUCUUCACCCCCACCAAGCUGGCCGCCCUCUGGUUCCCCGACCACCAGCGGGCCACAGCCAACAUGAUCGGCACCAUGUCCAAUCCGCUGGGCAUCCUCCUCGCUAACGUCAUCUCUCCUCUGCUGGCUCAGACAUCUGCUCAAAUCCCAAUGCUGCUGCUUGUCUACGCAACCCCGGCCUGCUUCAUCUGUUUCCUAGCAACAGUGGGGAUACGGAGCAGCGCCCCCCCCACGCCACCGUCAGCCAGUGCCGAGUCCUCCGCCUCAGAACCCUAUGUGCAGGGCGUCAAACUGUUGAUGAAGAACAGACCCUACCUCGUCCUGCUGGUCUGCUUCGGCUCGGGCAUCGGCGUGUUCACCAGCUUCUCCACGCUGCUGGAGCAGAUCCUGUGUGUGCAGGGAUACACCAACGACUUCGCCGGCCUGUGCGGCGCCCUCUUCAUCGUGUUCGGCAUCGUCGGCGCCGGCGCUCUGGGGCCCUACGUCGACAAGAGCAAGAAGUUCAUCGAAGCCACGAAGAUCCCCAUGAGCCUCACUGCUCUGUGCUUCAUCGCCUUCUCAGUGGUGUCUCUGAUGCGGGAGCAGAAAGUGGCCUUGGCCGUCGUCUGUUCCCUCUGUGGCUUUUUCGGUUUCUCCAUUUACCCGGUAGUGAUGGAGCUUUCUGUGGAGUGUUCGUAUCCGGUGGGUGAAGCCACGUCGGCCGGUCUCGUCUUCGUGUCGGGACAGGUUCAGUCUGUUCUCUACAUCGUGAUCCUCCAGGCGCUGACCAAGAGGAUCGCUGCCUCUCCUCUGUCGACCUGCGGGGACGCCGUGUUGAGCUGGAAAGUGCCGAUGCUGGUGAUGGCCGGACUGUGCAGUUUUUUCAGCUGCUGCUUCGUCAUCCUCUUCAACACGAGAUACAGACGCCUGGAGGCGGAGAUGGAAGCGACCUACGGCACCAAGCGAACCAGUGACCCCGCCCACAGCGUGGAGACCAGUGACCCCGCCCACAGCGUGGAGACCAGUGGACACGCCAAGAGUGUGGAGACCAGUGACCCCGCCCACAGCAUGGAGACCAGUGGACACACCUACAGCGUGGAGACCAGUGGACACGCCCACAGUGUAAUGAAGAGUGACCCCGCCCACUGUGUGGAGACCAGUGACCCCGCCCACUGUGUGGAGACCAGUGACCACAUCAAGAGUGAGGCGACCAGUGACCCCUCCCAGAGCGUGGAGACCAGUGAAAACAAGAUUCUUUAGUAAAAUAUAUGCGACCGAAGAUUUUACGUACAUUGAGUUUCUAUAGCAGGUUUUACUUUAACACCACUGGUACGUACAAGUAUCCUCAAAAUAUAAUUCAGAGUCAUGUCGACUAUUAAUCCGAGAAAUACCCUCAGCAGGUUGUUUACAUCAUUCCAUUGAGAAAUGGAAAAUACAUUUCUGUGGUUCUGAUUGUUCACUUUAACAAAGAACCAGUUAUUCAUUAAGAGGAAAUCUACAGAGUAAAGAUAAUUAUGUUGUCGGAACCAGAACUUAUUCUUACUAUUGAUAAUCACAUUUCCACGAAGAAGAGAAGCAAUUUCAUUAUAUAAAAAUAAAACUUGAGAUCUCUCUGCAUCUGAGCUCAUUAGAGACACACAUGAACUUUUAGUUAAUUAUCUUGUCGAUAGUUACUCGUACCCAAAAGGUAUUUAUUUUGUACGCACAAGCUUUUUUUAAAUAUCACCCGUCUGGACUUUAAACUUCCAUAGAAAUCUGUAAACUGAAGUAAACAUUUAACUUUCCUCUUCCGAUCGGGGGACUUAAAUGAUUCUUGCUUCCCGGGUUUAUUUUCAGGUAUAACUUACCUUUUGAUUAAGGUAAUCGAGCGGCACAGUGGCGCAGUGGUUCACACGGUCGUCUCACAUGAAGGUUCAGUACCUCGAUCUCCUGGUGGGGGUUUCUCCUGGCUUCCUCCCACGGGCUGAACUCAUGCAGCUGGGGAUCAGACUAACUGGAGACUCGUAUAGAUGAUGGAUGGACCUGAGCUUUAACGCUAGUACCACCUUGAUGAAGUCAUUUUAACAGAAACUUGAAAACCGUCUCUGCAGGUGUCAUCACUGUCUCCAUCAGUGUUUUGUUGAAAAUCCCAGGAUCUUUACCUUUUACUCCCCAGAGGCAGCGGGGGCAUUAAGCUGCAGUGCAUUCUGGUCUAUUUCACGCAGCUUCCAUUCUCAGGGUCUGACAACAGAAACCUGACUUUUACAGCUGAAGCUUCAGGAACCUUCUUCUCUGCAGCGGCUCGAAAACAACUUGAUGUGUUUGUCACAUCAUCACACACACACGCCUGCGUCUGAUUCUUUUAUUCUGAAACUGCUCAUAAGGUUCAGUUUACUGACACAUUCUAAACCUGUUAUUUUAUUAGUGCCUGUCAUCAUGUUGUGGAGAGAGAACCCUACUAACAGCAUUUAAAUACCAAUUAUUCUAAACAGACGGUUGUGGGUUUUGUGCAAUAAAGGAAACUGUCAAUGUUCUGUUUGGUAGACGAUACUUUCGAGUCCAACUUUAACUCUGAAUGUACGAAUUACUCAUGAGACCAAAUCAGCUGAUUUCUACUUUAUAUUCAUACUUUUUAAAUUGUUAACAGUUUUUUUUAACAGUAAUAAGACUUCUAAAGAUUGUUUUGUAUUUUUCAAAGAGCUUAUUUGAUUAAGAUUUGUUACACUUGAUGGACUUAAUGAAAACAAGUUCAAACAUCUGUAAUAAAACAUUGUUGUAAUGAGAAGCAUCUUUUUAACAUUCUCUGAAGGUCAAAACUACAAUAAAGAUUAUUAAUAAUACAAUGUUUUGUUAGAUUUUGUAUUUCAGUGCCUUAAAAUGUGAAUAAAGUUUCUUUGAGUUAGA